AUGAAUUUGAAGCACAAAUUGGGGGAAAUUCAAGACAAGUUAGCAGAAGACUUGUUUAACAGUAGCCUGAUCAAUGAAGAGAAAGAGAUACUAAUAGAGAUGGAAAAAUGGGGCACUAUUCAUGAAAGAGUCAUUCGACAGAAAUCCAGAGCUACAUGGAUUUCCUCAGGGGACUCUAAUACCAGAUUCUUUCAUGCUCAUAUGAAAUCUAGACAGGCAAGGAACAAGAUCUCUUCUAUACAGAAUGAACAAGGAGUACUAAUCACUGAUCCAAAACUAAUUCAGCAAGAAUUUCUUCGGUUCUUCAAGAAGCUAUUGGGUACUGCUGCUGAGGAGUUUCCUUGUAUUGAUACAACUAUUACAAGGAAUGGAAUUGAUGGCUUCCCAGCUGAGUUCUUUAAAGCAAACUGGAAUAUUAUUGGGGAAGACAUAAUAACAGCAGUUAUGCAAUUCUUUGAGAAUGGCCAGCUUCUGAAAGAAAUUAACUGUACUAUUAUAACCCUGGUUCCUAAAGUUCCAACUCCACUUGUUAAGAUUUAG